AAGAAGGAAAGUCAUAAUAAGAAAAGGAAAUGAAUAGAUGCUAUUUACCAUAAAGUCUGCACUAAGUUAAAAGCUAAAACAGGAAGGAAGUUACCACCACUAUUCUAGAUGGUAGUGCUUCAGUGACAUGUGCUUGCUUUUGAGAAGACCAGUAAUCUUCAAAUUAGUACUAGGAAUAAUUACCAUGUUUAUUUUGUGUUUACCCGAAUUUUUCAAAAUACAAGAAGCUAACACUGUAAUUGUAUCAUGCACGGAUACCUGCUCAUCGAAUAACACCACUUUUCCCCUUUGCACUUUUAACAAUUCUUGCAAAAGAUCAGUGCAACAAAGAAGAGAAAAUCAGACCAUUUUGCUGAAGGCCAUUGUAAACAAUUCUGAUUUCCAAAAUAUUCCAUGUAUUUGCCAAUCCUCCGAGAAGGAACAACAGUCCCAUACUAAACACACAGAGUGUGAAUCCAAGAGGGAUGUGAAUGUUGAUCAUCAAGGAUCAGGGACAGCAGCUAAAAAAAUUUCCAAUAAAGAAGUAGAGCAUAAUACUUACUACCUGAUGAUGAUACACAUCAACAAUUCUGUAGUCGGAGGAGGAAAUGCAGCUGAAGAACACCUAAAUCAUUCUUGUCUAAUGGCAAUGAUGGAAGACCAAAAUGCCUGUAUAAAUGUUUCACUGCAACUGAAGUCCUCCGUGGAAUAUCCAAUGUGUACGACGAAGAUCAUUUGGCUCACUAUGAUUCCAGUAGUUUUUGUGCUUACUAUUUCAACUGUCAUCUACAAAAUAGUCCAGGAAAAUAAAAACCUCUGUUAUAAGCACAGAGUAGCAACAUCAGUUUCUACUAUUCUGAGAAGAAAGGGUUCCAGACAUUCAAGAAGAACCAUAUCUGCUACUAAAAUUCAUCCUUAUCCUGUGAAAACUAGAAAACAACAGAUUCCACUUACUGUACAGACCACAAAGAUACUUCCUGUAAUUCUUGAACAAGAGCACUGUCAUGUGGAUCAACUCUAAAUCUAGAGGUUUCAGUUAUUGCCUUAUGAAAUACCAUCACUAUUGGAUGAAAGAAGACACAUUGUACACCACAGAAGAAAGUAUCUCCAUUUCCAAUUUGGGAAGCUAUGAUAUCCAUCUUUUCACGGGAAUGGCAAUUAUGCACUUUAGUUGAGAAGCUCCAUUUUGACCAUCACUGGAACUCUUUGGUAUUAAGAAAAUACGAAUGGUGAACAAACAUGUUUUGCUGCAGAAACUACUUCAGUAGAAGAUUACAGAUUUCACAUCUACUUCCAGUUCAUUCAGGAUUCCUACUCAAUUAUAUGGUUGUGCAAUAAUCUUUGCAAUAAUUACUUUUUUCCAUCAGAGAAGAAAUUUAUAUUAUGUAUUCCAAAGGAUAAGAAAGUUUGUUUAAAGUUAGGAUUUAUCCUCCACUUUCAUGAAAUAAGCACAAUUUUCAACUUAUUUAAUGCUCUAGAUGACUAAGAUGUUUAAAAGAUACAAUUUCUUGCUGUUAAGAAAGGUGGCCAAAGUACUGUAAAAGGAAAGAACUCUGAAGUAAACACUUAUUUCCACAGGAAAUGUUAAUUCCUGCAGUAAACCAGGAAAAUCAUCAUAAUUUGUGCAGUGUCUUAGUGGAUAAAGAAAAGAAUGUGGAAAAAUACUAAUUUGGCUUCAAACCACAAAAUCGUUAUUACUGGUUUUUUAAUAACUCAUUAAGACACUAAAUGGGUUUGUACUUUUUGAGAAAUUGCUUUGCUAUGUUUUGUACUAGCUUAGGUCAUUAGCAUUCACACUCAUUAUCUCUUGGAACUUUUCCUUACUUUCCAUUUAUUACUGCUCCUCUGAGUGUAAUGGAGCUGUUUGGGCUGAGCAGGGUCCCAAACUCCUUUGGUGCUAACACAUGAUUUGUGGGUACAGCUUAGCUGCCAGUUACUAGGCAGAGACAGAAACUUCAGAGCCAGGACUUCAGACUCCCUUGCGCUAAAUCCAUCAGGAUGAACAGAUUGUAAACUGCCCAUUGCAAACAUGCUAGGCAGCAAUUUAGCAUCAUGUUAAUACUUCAUAACCUCCGUCCCUUACAUUUAUAGAGCUUUUC